GAGCGCGAGGUAGCUGCGGGUGCUAGGGUUUGGCUCGAGAUGGGGAAGGCAAAGAGCAAGGGCCCUAAAUUCGCGGCGGUGAAGAAGAUUAUCACCAAGAAAACCAUCAAUAAGUACAAGGAGGAUGUGCUGAACCACAAGAAGAAGGACGCGGACAAGGAGAAACUCGGCCGGAAUGUGCCGCAGGUUUCGUCGGCGUUGUUCUUCAGCUACAACACAGCAUUGGGGCCGCCGUAUCGGGUGAUUGUGGAUACCAACUUCAUCAAUUUCUCGAUACAGAAUAAGCUGGAUUUGGAGAAGGGAAUGAUGGAUUGCCUUUAUGCAAAAUGUACCCCAUGUAUCACGGACUGUGUUAUGGCUGAGCUUGAAAAGCUGGGGCAGAAGUAUCGUGUGGCCUUGAGAAUUGCCAAGGACCCUAGGUUCCAAAGAUUAGCAUGCACACACAAGGGAACCUAUGCUGAUGACUGCAUUGUGGAGAGGGUCACUCAGCACAAAUGCUACAUAGUUGCUACUUGUGAUAGAGAUUUGAAAAGGAGGAUAAGAAAGGUUCCUGGUGUUCCAAUCAUGUACAUCACAGGACAUAGGUAUUCGAUAGAACGGCUCCCUGAGGCCACAAUUGGUGGAGCACCAAGAAUCUGAUCGGUGCAGACAUGAGAUGUUCUGGGAUGUAAUACUAUGGCGGUACUUGUCCAUCUGACCAAGUCACUAUUUCAUGUUUGAGUCCACGACAAGGACUAGGAUAAGAACGCUGCUUUCUAGGUUGAGCUUACUGUAACUACUAAGAAAUUUUUAUUAUGUACCAACCUUAUCAUUUCUACAAUGUUGCGGGAUGUCUGAAGUAAUUCUUUGUUAAAAGAUCGGGUAUCCUGCUCCCUUUUGCUUCUCAA